AUGUCUGAAGAAAUGUCUGGUGAAACGUUUGCAUUUCAAGCGGAAAUCGCUCAGUUGAUGAGCCUUAUCAUAAACACAUUUUAUAGCAAUAAAGAAAUCUUCCUCCGUGAACUGAUUUCAAAUGCAUCGGAUGCACUUGAUAAAAUUCGAUAUCAAGCACUUACUGAACCAAGCGAGCUUGAUACAGGCAAAGAAUUAUACAUCAAGAUUGUACCGAACAAGGCCGAUAAAACACUUACGAUUAUCGAUACAGGUAUCGGUAUGACGAAAGCGGAUCUCGUAAAUAAUCUUGGAACAAUUGCGAAAUCCGGUACUAAAGCAUUUAUGGAAGCAUUACAGGCUGGUGCUGAUAUCUCGAUGAUUGGUCAGUUUGGGGUUGGUUUUUAUUCGGCUUUCCUUGUUGCCGAUCGUGUAUUAGUCACCUCGAAACAUAAUGAUGACGAUUGUUACCAAUGGGAAUCGUCAGCAGGAGGUUCAUUUAUAAUACGUUCCGUUUCUGAUCCUGAAUUAACUCGUGGUACAAAAAUAACACUACACAUAAAGGAAGAUCAGAGCGAAUAUCUGGAGGAACGCAAGAUUAAAGAAAUUGUUAAGAAGCACUCUCAAUUCAUUGGUUACCCUAUAAAAUUGACCGUCGAGAAGGAGCGUGACAAGGAAGUAUCCGAUGAUGAAGCAGAAGAAGAAAAGAAAGAAGAUGAUGACAAGAAAGAAGGAGAAAUUGAAGAUGUUGGAGAGGAUGAGGACGAAGAUAAGAAAGAUAAAGGUGAUAAGAAGAAGAAAAAGAAAAAGAUAAAGGAAAAGUACCAUGAAGAUGAAGAACUCAACAAAACGAAGCCAAUUUGGACUCGUAAUCCAGAAGAUAUCAGUAAUAAGGAGUAUGCUGAAUUCUAUAAACAAUUGUCAAACGAUUGGGAAGAUCAUCUUGCUGUCAAACAUUUCUCGGUUGAAGGACAACUUGAAUUUCGUGCCCUUCUUUUCGUUCCUCAACGAGCUCCUUUCGAUCUUUUCGAGAACAAGAAAACGAAAAAUGCGAUUAAGUUGUAUGUGCGGCGCGUCUUUAUUAUGGAAAAUUGCGAGGAAUUAAUGCCUGAGUAUUUAAACUUCAUCAAAGGAGUUGUAGAUAGUGAAGACCUUCCUUUAAAUAUUUCGCGUGAAAUGUUACAGCAGUCGAAAAUUCUUAAAGUAAUUCGUAAGAAUUUAGUUAAGAAAUGCUUGGAAUUAUUCGAUGAAAUUGCCGAAGAUAAGGAUAAUUUUAAGAAAUUCUAUGAGCAAUUCUCGAAGAAUAUCAAACUUGGUAUCCAUGAAGAUUCAACGAAUCGUAAGAAACUGGCCGAUUUUCUUCAGUUUUACACUUCUCAUUCGUCAGAAGAGAUGGUAACAUUGAAGGAAUACGUUGGCAGAAUGAAGGAAGAUCAGAAACAGAUCUAUUUCAUAACUGGUGAAUCGAAAGAAGCAGUUGCAACUUCAUCAUUCGUUGAGCGAGUAAAGCGCCGUGGUUAUGAAGUAAUUUAUAUGAUUGAUGCAAUCGAUGAAUACUGUAUGCAGCAACUGAAAGAAUAUGACGGCAAACAAUUAGUUUCUGUGACAAAGGAAGGUUUAGAAUUACCAGAAAGUGAAGAAGAAAAGAAAAAGUUCGAGGAGGAUAAAGUAAAAUAUGAAAAUUUGUGCAAAACCAUGAAGGACAUUUUGGAUAAGAAGGUGGAAAAAGUGGUGGUGUCGAACCGAUUGGUAUCGUCUCCAUGUUGUAUUGUUACUGCACAGUAUGGUUGGACGGCAAAUAUGGAGCGUAUCAUGAAAGCUCAGGCUCUUCGCGAUUCUUCAACUAUGGGGUAUAUGGCUGCUAAAAAACAUCUGGAAAUCAAUCCUGACCAUUCAGUCAUUAGAACUCUUCGCGAGCGAGUUGAGGUUGAUAAGCAUGAUAAGACCGUGAAAGAUUUGGUCAUUCUUUUGUUCGAAACUGCUCUACUUUCCUCUGGAUUUACACUAGACGAGCCACAGGUGCAUGCAUCGCGCAUUUAUCGUAUGAUCAAAUUGGGGCUAGACAUUGCGGAUGAUGAAGAGGAUGAACCAGUCGCUUCUAGUUCCGGUGAAAAGGAUGAGGCGAUGCCAACACUGGAAGGAGCUGAGGAAGAUGCUUCACGUAUGGAAGAAGUUGAUUGA